AUGGAUACUCUUUCUUCAAAACCUAAUCACGUUCGAUCAAUCAGUUUGCCUGGGAGAUCACACCCAACCACACAGAGAGUUGAAGAGGAACUAAACAAGCUCAAAUCAUUGGAAGUAUCAGUUGCACCAGCAGCUGUGAGCAACGGUCUACUCGUGGGGCUUCUUGAUCUUUGUGGCACAAUAAGGGAACUUGUCUCACAAUGUAAAGAAAAUGUAAGAGAUCUUCAAUCCUCUCUCAGAAGGAGAAAAGGAGAUUUAACUAUAGAUGACAGCAUUGAAAGAUUUACCUCUUUCAUCAAGAAGAUCAAGAGGGACGCCAAAAGAUUAGUCUCGGCUUUGAAGCAAAUGGAUCAAGAGACAGCAGUAUCGGUCUUGCUAGAUGCAGAUCAAGAUACAGUAGCUGUGAUUAGAGCACUAAAAGAAGCUAAUUCAGUAUGCAUUUCAACUUUCCAAAUGCUCUUGUCCUUCUUGUGUGUGCCCCUUUUGAAGCCUAAGCCAUCUAAAUGGUCACUGCUUUCAAGAAUGGUAAACAAAGAAAGAAUAGCACCACUAGUCCUGGAAGAAAACAUGAGCUUAGAAACCAGGCUCGAAAGCUUUGAGGCUAAUCUUGUCAGCUUCGAAGAUGGAUUGGAAGCAACAUUUAGAUGCCUGAUUAGAUCUAGAAGCUCACUACUGAAUGUUUUCUCCUGCUAA